UCCACCAAACUAUAUUUUAUCUUCAAAGUUUUCAGUAAUUGUUUUUAUUCCACGAGCUUCUUUGAGCCUAAACAAGAAAAUAAACGUUAAACAUCUGAAAUACUAUGGACGAAGCAGACAAGAGUGUGACGAGGUGUUUCAGCUGCACGAGAACAAAGAAAAAGAAGAACAAAGAGGAUGAGAAAUUAAAAGCAUCUAGAGGAAUCGCAAAGAGAUGGAGGGAUCUGAGUGGCCAAAACCAUUGGAAAGGGAUGUUACAGCCGUUGGAUCAAGAUCUUCGGCAAUAUAUCAUACAUUACGGCGAGAUGGCUCAGGCUGGCUAUGAUACUUUCAACAUAAACACCCAAUCUAAAUUCGCCGGCUCUAGCAUUUACUCCAGAAAAGACUUCUUCGCCAAGGUUGGUCUAGAGAAAGCGCAUCCGUAUACAAAGUACAAAGUGACUAAGUUUCUAUACGCGACAUCACAGAUCCACGUGCCUGAGUCAUUCCUAUUGUUCCCAGUGUCACGCGAAAGAUGCACAAAGGAAUCGAACUGGAUAGGUUACGUGGCGGUGACAGACGACCAAGGCACGGCUGUUCUUGGUCGGAGAGAUAUAGUUGUCGCUUGGAGAGGCUCAGUGCAACCACUUGAAUGGGUUAACGACUUCGAAUUCGGUUUCGUGAACGCCAAAAAGAUAUUCGGUGAAAAAAAUGAUCAAGUACAGAUUCAUCAAGGUUGGUACUCAAUCUACAUGUCUAAGGACGAACGUUCACCUUUUAAUAAGGCUAGUGCUCGUGACCAGGUAUUGCGAGAGAUUGGGAGACUGUUGGAGAAAUAUAAAGACGAAAAGAUUAGUAUAAGUAUUUGUGGUCAUAGCCUUGGAGCUGCGAUCGCGACACUAAACGCUGCCGAUAUUGUGGCUAAUGGUAAUAACCGACCAAAGAGCCGUCCUGACAAAUCUUGUCCCGUUACGGCCUUUGUCUUUGCUAGUCCUCGUGUGGGCGAUUCUGACUUUAAGAAACUCUUCUCCGGAUUGAAAGAUCUCCGAGUGUUACGGGUAAGGAAUCUACCAGACGUAGUUCCAAUCUAUCCACCCUUAGGUUACACUGAAGUCGGAGACGAGCUUCCAAUAGACACAAGAAAGUCACCAUACCUGAAAUCUCCAGGAGACCUGGCGACAUUUCACUGCCUAGAGGCUUACUUGCACGGCCUUGCGGGAACUCAAGGGACGAGCAAAGCUGACUUAUUCAGACUCGAUGUGAAAAGAGACAUUGGACUGGUCAACAAAUCAGUGGAUGGGCUAAAGGACGAGUAUAUGGUCCCAGGACAUUGGAGGAUUCUCAAAAACAAAGGUAUGGUACAACAAGACGAUGGGUCUUGGAAGUUAGUGGACCAUGAGAUUGAUGAUAAUGAAGAUUUUGAUUUCUGAUUUUUAUUGUACACUUUCGUUGUUAACUGUGUUGAUGUUUGGAAAAAAGACUGUAUAAUUAUCACCUAUCUAACAUGUAUUUGUUUUUAAUCUUUAACUAGAUUUUGAUCCGCGCA